CAUCGCCUGCGCCCCCAGUUCGCGCGGGGGGGACAGAUGGCGCCGUAGCAGCCCGCCCCGUCGCGUUGCCUCCUCGGGUGCUGCGACGCAAACCGCUGGGAGCGGAGGCAGAACUCGCUUUCGCAUGCGCAUCGCUCUUGGAGUUGGCGUCCUCCCCUAAGGAGAAGAGAUGGCAGAGAGGGUGCCACAGCUGCACGGUCGGACCUGUUCGCGCUCGCCAACUCGACGUACGAUCCCCCAGCGGAUUGAAGCCGCCCGGAGGAGGGUCGCUUUCCAGCCGACUCGUGGGCUCCAGGAACGGCGGGCCCAUCGCCGGCUCUUCGCGGGGUUCCAGACGCCCCUUCGUCCCCCUGUUGACUACUCAUCAGGCCCACCAGACCCUUGGCAGCAUCGGCCUCAUCCACAUUUACCGCGGACGUGCGACGAGAGCGGCGCGAGGAAGGCGCACGCGGGGGUAGGUGUGAGUUGUCCUCCCUCUGGCGACUUGCUCCUCGUUCAUUUGCAUCCCGGGACGUGACCCCGCCGCGGCCGCCACGACCACCCCUGCCAGCCACCCCUGACGCCCUCCCGCCUCCUUUGGAGGAGCCAUGGACUACUAAUACUAGUGGGGACUCAACAGGUUCGCCAGUUCGAACGCCGUGGCGGCGGCUCCGUUCAACCCUACCGCCCGAGUCUCACCAUUGCGGAAGACGAGGAGCGCGUGAAGAUUCGGCGUAAUGGCACCAAGGUGUUCACCAGAACAAACAGGGUGAUCAGAGGUGACACAAUCACGGAAUACGAGGAGUCAGCGGAGUUUCGGCGGAAUGGCACCGAGGUGUACAAAAGAACAAACAGGAAGAUCACAGGAAGACGUUAACCGAUGGUGGGUACGACGGAGGCAACAGCCUUUCUGCGGUGUGGCAUCAACCUGACCUUCAACAACGGCAGCAUCGACUUCAGUUCGGGCUUGGUUUUGUUGGUUGUGUUGGAUCGCUGGUGGUGAAGGGUUGGGUGGUGCGUGGCGCUGAGGAGAUCGAGACUCUCGCGACCCAAAGAAAACGCUGCCGCGGCGUUUGGUGGAAAUUUUGCAGGAGGGUUGGUUCGCGUUUCUUUUGUUUCUUCUCCGUGCCUGUGGGCGUGCGUUUGUUCUUGCGCAUGUUGUGGGUGUGCGUGUUUCCUUGUUUUUUUUUGCAUUGGGUUGGGCUGGGUUGGGUCGGGUCCGGUUGCGUUUCGUUGGGUCGGGUUGGUUUGCAUUGGGUUGUGGUCUUGUAGAGUUGGAUAGUUUUGGGUUGGGUGGGGUUGGGUUGCGUUGAGUUGCGUUGGGUUGGGUAGUGUUGGACCGCCAGUGUAGUGUUGGGUUGGCGCUGCCUUUGGGGACCUGGCCGUGCUCGAUCGGUUUUAUUUGUCAAUUGAUUUUGUUACCAAACGUUGGUACACCAUGUUGUACAUGUAGGUCUUUUGCCAUAAUGAUCCCCCGAACCCGAGAGAGAGUGUAAGUAGUAAUUGGCUAUCGCGAACACCCUACUGUUAAGGAGUGUUGCUGGUCCGCCGUUUCAUGUCACCACAGAUGAUGUGUCGGCGCCGGUGGGACGUCUGAAGGUUGACUACAUUUCGGGACAUCAGCUGGUGCGUGGGCGUGGCGGCGUUCUCGCUGUCCUGUAUCACACGCAUCGGAUUGGGCUCGCUACUCCUUCCUGGGAACGUGAAUCCGACCUCGAGCAAUCCCGUCGACACAUCCUUUUGUAUUGGUCUCGGGAAAUUAGCCAAAGCAAG